CCAUUCGUUUAUCUGUUAAUUAUUUGGUCGCUUUACGUGUUCGUACGUGCCUAUUGUCAACGUGAAGCAGACGACCUACAGCGGCGUAAUUUCUUCCUCUCUCCUUCGGGACACGAUACAGCGGCCAAGGGAGGCGAGACUCGCGAGUCAUGCGAUCGCGUUAGUUCGUUCCAGAAUAGGGGCUCUGGAGAGAGAGACGGGAGGAAUGGAGCAGGGCGGCUGCCUCAUCAGGCAUGUCCUGCAACAAUGGGUCUUCUCCUCCACUUCCGGCAGCCUGUCACCAAGACACAGCUCAAAAGCUGCUCAUUUCCCGCGAGACGCAUGAGCCAAGCCCAGCUUGAGGUUGCCUGA